AUGGCUUCGUCCCUCGCCGCGCAGCUGUCGCAGAUUGCGGCAAAGUCGACAAACCAGCUCGAUCUCAAGGCUCAGAGAAUAGCGCAUUCGCAGUCUCUGAUUUUUGACAGGAAGGUUGCUAGCACUCAGGAUUUCGACACGGUCUACCAAAUAUGCUACGAGGGUUUCCAGGAGUUAUGCCAGCUGGAUUCACGAUUCACAGCAUUCGAGCGCACAAUUUUCAGCGAGCAGAGCAAGGCCGAAGAUCGCACACAGCUGACUGCGGCUCAGAAUAAGGAACUCGACGUGGCCUUGGAGUCUUUUCUUGCUCUGGUUGGAGGUCGGUUACUGUUGAAUCCUGCUGUUAAGGCCGUCGAGUGGCUUGUCAGGCGUUUCAGAAUUCACGAAUAUAACACGUCAUUUACGAUUCUCACAUUCCUACCGUACUAUACCACCCCGUUAUUCUUGAAUCUCCUAACCAUCCUUCCCGAAGACUUGACGCCGACCUUCAAAGUCCUGAUUCCCUACAAAAAAGGCUCCAUCAAUCCACCUCGCCAUCCACUCGUGCACAGCGCUACCACGAAUAAGGCCUUCUUGGCGGCAUUGAAUAGCUAUGUCCUCCAGGUGAGCCGGCAGCAGGCGCAUCAUCAUGCGCUUCUGGCAUUCUGGGCCGGCGUCUACACCGAGGCCGUUGCGGGCAUGCUGGAUGCAUCGCGCUCCGGACGCCGAGAAGUCGAGAAACAGAAGCACGAAGAUAUCGUCAUACGUGUUCUCCCAAUUCUCAACGAUGGUUUCGCCUUGAAGAACGUCUCGGAACUGGUCAUUGGCUGCUACAUGGUUUCCGUGGUGCUUGCACAAAAGGCGUCUCUUCAGGACAAGGUUCUUGACGGUUUGAUGGAGGCCGUUGCCGGAUCGUGGACGGAAGAGACAGUCGAAUCGGGCCUGGUGUGCCUGGCCGUUCUGGCACAGCAAAAGCCCGAAACAAAAUUACCGAGACGUGCUCUGAAGGCAAUCUUGCGAUUGGACGAUAUUAUCAAGCGGUUGACCGAGAUAGCGGCACAGUACAAGACCUCUCACCUUCUUCUUGGGGUUAUUGCCGGCUGCCUUGACGAUCUUCCGAAACAAAAGGACACAGCACGCCUCGAUCUCUUGUCCCAUAUUUUCCAGAACCAGCUCUUGGGUGAGCCGGAAAUGAGCAAGGCCAUGGCCUUGGUCCUGGAAGCCACGAGCAGUGUCCACAAGGAUGGUGUCAUGUCUUUGGAUGCUCAGGCACGCCUUGCAGAUCUAGUUCAAGUGUUCAGCCAGUCCGAGUCCCUGCGGCCUAUUUUCCAGAAGACGAUUGCGGAGUCAUCUUUCGACAUUGCUACGCUGGAACACAAUCUGCAGACAGUGAUUGAUACCGCGCCCGCGCCUCGUGCUGUGCAAGAUGUCGAGAUGGAGGACGCUGAGAAGGAAGAAGAGCAAGACAGCUUCUCGUCGGCCGUGGAAUCUUUGAGUGGGGAGAAGUCAUUCAAGGGCUCUUUCCUCAGCGCACAAUCCAUCCCCUUGUUCGAGAGACUUGUCCAAGCCUUUGCACUGACAGUUGGCUCGAACGAGAAAUGUCGGACCUUCUCUGAUCUGGCGGCGCUUGGGAAGAGCGAGGCUACAAAGACCCCUCAAUAUCUUUCAUUCUUCAUCAGAGUCUUCUCUGGUCCGUAUCCCAUGGGCACACGGGUCACGGCUUUAAAUAUGAUCACCUCUUUCCUCACGUCCACCGAGAACCCGAAUCUAGACUUCCAGGCGCUGUUGCCAUUCUUGCUAGUUGCUCUCACAGAUCUGUCGGAGCGUGUUCGCCGUGAGGCCGCUACAGCUCUUGCUGCUGUCGGUAGUCUCUACAAGAAGAAUAAGAAGGGAGAGGAUGUUUGGGCUCGCGACAACCUCUAUGGUCAAGAAGUACGACCGGAGGACAUUCAAUGGCUCCCCACUCGUGACGCGCAGAAGGUUUUUGAACGUGCAGUGCUUCCUAGUUUGGAGGAAUGCAUCUUCGAUGCAGCUCACAUUGGCAAGGUGUUGGAGAACACUCUUCGGGGAGUCUCGGUCGAUGCGAAUGCGUCUGAGCUCAAGAAGCCUCUCCGACUGGCAUUUUUCACCUUCCUGUGCUCCCAUGCCAUCCAGCUUCCGUUGUUCACGCCUAAACUUGGCUUGCUCAACAUCCUCAACCGCAUCGACAAGGCUGGUGGAACCACUCGUACGAAGGAGCUUGAGCCUUUACUGAAGACUUGGCGUGGAUUGAGUGAGCGCGAAGUCCAGGAUAUCUGCGAGAAAGAGCGGCUUCCUGUUUCUGACGUGGAGCGUCAGAUGGUAACGAUUGUCACACCGAAGGAGAAGGACGCCAUUAUGAUUCUUUUGUCAAAUGUGAGCCCUCACUCGGAGUCUCUGCGGCCUUCUUUCAUUGCAGCCGUCUUUGGCCGCAUAAAGGACAUCUGGGCUCGAGUGGCGGAGGAUCGUCAGGCCGUGGCUGCGGAGCAGCUGUUUGAUAUCUCGCUUGGCCUUUCCAACUUGCCUCUUGUGAAUAAUUGCAGAGAUCUUCUCCGCAGCGUUCAGCUCCCAGGCUCUGUACUCGCCCAAUUUUUGGAAAGAAUACCUGUCUCUCUUACUGACAUGGAAGCUCUUGGGCCUGCGCCAAAGAGAAGACGCACUAGUCAGAACAACAUGAUUGCGAUGACUGUGAAGGAUGAGGCGGAGUUUGGCAAGGUCAUGGAGAAGAUGACUUUCAUUUUGGAACUUGUUGACAGCUCAUCACCCGAGACUCACCCCGAGCUCGCCGACGGUCUCUUCCAAGCUCUGGCUGCUCUCCAUCACUUCAAGUCCCAGAUUCAGUCUGGAAUGAGCUAUUUGCUCAGCUUGACUCUGGGUAGUCUGCUGGCCAUUGUCAAUCGAUCCAAGGAGAGCGCAAAGGCGCAGUUCGACACCUCGGUCAUUCGCGCUGACUUGGUCGUGGACUGCGUGCGGACCACAGAGAGCCCUCAAGUGCAGAAUGCGGCUUUGCUUCUCGUAGCUGGGCUUUCCGUCAUCGCCCCUGAGUUGGUUCUUCACAGCGUGAUGCCCAUUUUCACCUUCAUGGGCUCCAGCGUUCUCAGGAAAGAUGAUGAGUACUCGGUUUCUGUCAUUGACCAGACCAUCGACCAAGUUGUGCCCGCUCUUAUUCAGUCCUUGCGUGAUCAGAAGCGUGACGUGGUGUCUGGAACAUCCGAGCUGCUGCUAAGCUUUACAGCUGCGUUUGAGCACAUCCCUUCGCACCGUCGUCUGCGCCUCUUCCAUGCUCUGAUUACGAAGCUAGGAACGCAGGACUUCUUGUUUGCUGUUUUGGCAAUGCUCGCCAAUAGAUAUGCUAUGGACAAAGAUGUUCUAGUCCUGAUGACAGGCCUCGUUUCUGACGCCAGUGCUCCUGUUGAGCUUACCACAUAUAGCAAAUUCCUCGGAUUGGUCAGCGACUCGCUCAAGCCGAAGCCAGGCAUCUCGCAAGUUCUCCUUGGAAUUGGUAGUGAUGAUGGGCGCGAGCCUCAGAAGGUUGCGGUUGACCUGCUUCGUGACUUGGCCUAUCUCUUCAAGCAUUCGUCUCUCAAGAUCAAGAUGGCCAAGACAUUUGCUUCAGAGGACGAAGAGGCUAUCAGACAGCUCCGGACCAUUUUCUCUCAAAUCCUGGAACAGGUCUUGACGAUUUGUGAUUCCGUGCAGAGCAUGAAGCUCGUCAGCCAGGCGAACGGUGACGUUCUGGCCGCGUUGUUCGGCACGCUGACACUGGGCGACUUCCUCGACACCAUCGAAGUGCUGCUUCAGCGCCCCAACGAUGAGCUCCGUCGGAAAGUCCUCCGGCUCCUCGAGGGACGCCUUCGCCAGAACCCAGAACGCGACAGCCCCUCUCAGAUCCGGGUGCUUGACUUCUUGCCUACUCUUGUUGACAUUGUCCGCAACUCGACAGAUUAUCUGCUCAAGCACGCCGCGGUUGCCUGUAUCGAUCGCAUCGCCGAGAAGUACGGCAAGAAGGACCCAUCAAGAGUUAUCGGUGCUGCCCAGGUCGUGGCUAGCGAGGCCUGCAUUGGCCAGACGGACGACCGUAUUCGUAUCAUGGGUGUCUUGUGUCUUGCAUCCAUGGCUGAGACCCUUGGCCAAGUUAUGAUUCCAGCACUUCCAGAGGCGCUCAGCCGCUCCCUGGCUCUGCUUGAACUGAGCUUGGAGGAGGGCAAGGAGAAUUCCCGGUUACACGACGCCAUCUUCUCGUUGUUCUCGGCGCUCUUUGUUCAUAUUCCGUAUAUGAUCUCUGGCCCUCAUCUUGAUAAGAUCCUUCUUCUCUCUUUCAAGUCAGCCAACGCUGAAGACUGCGAAGAUGAGAGCCGACAAGAAGCGCUGAAGAUGAUGGCUCGAAAGGUUGACAUGGCUGCGACGCUGGGAGCGGUUGAUCGCAACUGGCAGUACGCCGUGCAGGCGGGGCCGGUCGCCGCGAAGGAGACGCUGGAGGUGGUCAGUCUUGCCGUGGAGAAGCAUCCGAAAUCCGCGACUGGCAAGAAUAUCGGGGUCUUGUCGAGCAUACUGUUCAAAGCAUUCGAUCUGCGCCGGGAGCAGCUUGCACUGGGAGCGAACGCCACAUUCGAGGCGGCUGACGUGGAUGAAAUCGAAGAUGCCCUCAACGACGUCACGAUCAAGAUGAUCUACAAGCUGAACGACAGCGCCUUCCGUCCUAUCUUCACGAAGAUGCUGGAUUGGGCCACGUCCGGUCUACCAAAGAAAGACACCCAGGGCAGCUGGGCCCGGCUUACGACGUUCUACAAGUUCUUGCAAGUCUUCUUUGGAACUCUUCAGUCAAUCGUCACUGGUUAUGCCAGCUAUAUUAUCGAAAGCGUGGUUUCCGUCCUCAGAAAGGCCAGCCCGGCCGACAAGAGUACCAAGGCUCUGUGGCUGGCCACAAUGCGCCUGCUCCGCAAUGCCUUUGAGCACGAUCAAGACGAGUUCUGGCAAUCACCCUCACACCUGAACCAAAUCUCCACACCCCUCAUCAACCAACUCGCACACGCCACGAAUUCAUCCACGGCAGCCACCGUGAUCGCCGAGGCCGUGCCGGCCAUCACCGAGCUCGCCGUCGCCGCCGACUCAACAGACAACCACAAGGAACUCAACACGGCACUCAUGAAGUUCCUCCGUCCGUCUGCAGGCCCGAACGGCAAACCCGCCGGAGGCGAGAACCCACACACGCGCCUCGCAGCCCUCAAGGCCGAGCAAUCGCUCACCGAGCAGCUGGGCGAGGAGUGGCUUGCCCUUCUGCCUGAGAUGCUGCCGUAUAUCAGCGAGCUGAUGGAGGAUGAGGACGAGAACGUCGAGCGCGAAGUCCGCAAGUGGGUUAAGCAGAUUGAGAACGUCCUGGGCGAGAAGUUGGAUGAUAUGUUGAUGUAG